AUGGCCGAAGAUGAAGACGGAAUUGACUUGUUCGGAGACAACUUUAUGAACGAUGAGCGUGAACGCCGCGAUCAAGAGACAUAUCAGGGCCGAAUGAUCGACGAUGAAGGUGAAUACGACGAGCUGGACCUAGCUUCCCGGCGUCAAUUGGAAGCACGCCUCAACAAGCGCGACCGUGAGCUGGCUCGAAGACGGCGCAUGCCCGCAGCAUUUAUGCCAGACGACGAUGAAGAUGCUGGGAUUGACCUAACCAAGCAACCUCGGAGACGCCGCCAUCACUACGACGAGGAUCAGGACGACAUGGAUCUUGAUGAGAAUAUUCUGGAAGAAGAGCUUUCCUUGGAGACAUUGCAGGAUGUCAAAGCAUCGAACAUUACUGAAUGGGUCACUCUGCCCUCGGUCAUGAAAACUAUUGCUCGCGAGUUCAAGUCGUUCCUUACGGAGUAUAUUGACGCGAAUGGCACAUCAGUCUACGGCACCCGCAUCCGUACCUUGGGAGAGGUCAACUCAGAGUCUCUUGAAGUCUCCUAUGAUCACUUGGCUUCCACGAAAGCUAUCCUGGCGUACUUUCUUGCGAAUGCUCCGUCGGAGAUGCUCAAGAUCUUCGACAAAGCCGCCUUCGAGGUGGUCCGACUGCAUUAUCCAAACUACGAACUGAUUCACCCAGAAAUUCAUGUCCGAAUCUCAGAUUUGCCGGUUCAAUAUACAUUACGUCAACUGAGGCAAUCGCAUCUCAAUUGUCUUGUUCGGGUUUCUGGAGUCGUCACUAGACGAACCGGUGUUUUCCCACAACUUCAGAUGGUGAAAUUCACAUGUCAGAAGUGUGGUGUCACCCUAGGACCAUUUGCCCAGGAGUCAACAUCAACUGAAGUCAAAUUGACAUUCUGCCAGAACUGUCAAUCUCGAGGACCUUUCACUCUGAACAGCGAGAAGACCGUCUACCGGAACUACCAGAAAUUGACCUUGCAAGAGUCUCCGGGCACUGUACCAGCGGGGCGUUUACCACGACAUCGAGAAGUCAUUCUCCUUGCUGACUUGAUCGACAAGGCGAAACCUGGUGAAGAGGUUGAAGUCACAGCGAUUUAUCGUAACAACUACAGUGGUCAGCUCAAUAACAAGAAUGGCUUCCCUGUGUUUGCAACUAUGCUUGAAGCCAACCACAUUAUCAAAACUCACGAUCAGCUCGCCGGCUUCCGAUUGACAGAAGAGGAUGAACGACAGAUCAGAGCUCUUUCGAAGGAUCCCAAUAUAGUGGAGAAAAUCGUUGAUUCAAUUGCCCCCUCUAUCUACGGGCAUCGGGAUAUUAAGACAGCAGUUGCUUUGUCUCUCUUCGGCGGCGUUAGUAAAGAAGCUCAAGGCAAGCACAAGAUCCGUGGUGAUAUCAAUGUCCUACUGCUUGGUGACCCUGGUACGGCCAAGUCGCAAGUGUUGAAGUACAUUGAGAAGACGGCGCAUCGAGCGGUCUUUGCUACAGGACAGGGUGCUUCUGCAGUAGGUUUGACUGCAUCUGUUCGCAAGGACCCGCUCACACAAGAAUGGGGGCUUGAAGGCGGUGCCCUUGUCCUUGCUGAUCGAGGUACAUGCCUGAUUGACGAGUUUGACAAGAUGAACGAUGCCGAUCGAACUUCUAUCCACGAGGCCAUGGAGCAACAAACCAUCUCAAUCAGCAAGGCUGGCAUUGUUACUACGCUCCAAGCACGCUGUGCCAUUGUUGCCGCAGCCAAUCCCAGCGGAGGGCGAUACAACAGCACCAUUCCUUUUAGCCAAAAUGUCGAACUCACGGAGCCGAUCCUGUCUCGUUUCGACAUUCUAUGCGUGGUUAGAGAUACCGUUGACCCGGCUGAAGAUGAGCGUCUUGCAAACUUUGUGGUCAACAGUCAUGGACGAGCGCAUCCCGCAAGACUCGAGACCGAUGCAGGAGACACCGCUGCCAUGGAAACUGACCAGGAGAAUGCCAUAAACAAUGGCGAACCACAGCAAGAAGGUGCCAUUCCGCAGGAAUUGCUCCGCAAGUACAUCAUGUAUGCCCGCGAGAAGUGUCGGCCGAAACUUUAUCAGAUCGAUCAAGAUAAAGUGGCCCGGCUAUUCGCAGAUAUGCGAAGAGAAUCUCUCGCAACAGGCGCAUACCCUAUCACAGUUCGUCAUCUCGAAGCAAUCAUGAGAAUUGCAGAAGCAUUCUGCAAGAUGAGACUGUCUGAUUUCUGUUCUUCGCAAGACAUUGAUCGCGCGAUUGCAGUGACUGUGGAUUCAUUUGUUAGCAGUCAGAAGCUGAGUUCCAAGAAGGCGCUUGCCAGAGCAUUUGCGAAGUACACGUUACGUCGUCCAGAGCGCCAGCGCACUCGCAUGGGUGGAAGAGGUGCUAAUGCAGUGGGAACGGUUGCAGCAUGA